AUGAAGCUUGGUAUUUUAACUAAGUGUCCUGUCGAAGGUUGUGAUAAGAGCUAUAAAAUUGUGCAAUCAUUCACGGGCCACAUGUCAAAAUGCCAUUGGGCCAAGCCUGUAACCAAUUGUCCUGCCCCUAAUCAUGGUGAAUCUGUGGAUGUCCUCGAAGAGAAUUGUGCUAUAAAUUCAGACUUGUAUCUUGAUGAUGAGGGCGAGAAUGAGUUCCUACUUGAUGAUGGAGAUCUAUCAGAGAAAGUGGUUUUAGAAACAAUGUGUCAGUUUUUUAUAAAACUGGAGUUUGAAUUGUUUUUGCCUGCUACUUCUGUGCAGUAUAUUGCAUCAGAGCUGGGUGCACUUCAAUCUCAAAAUAGUGACAUUGUAGAGGACAGGCUAAGAAAAAAGUUGAAGAAUUGUAAUGUCAGCAAUAUUGACGAUAUUGUUUCAUAUGUUUUAAAAGAGAAUCCUAUUUCUAAGGUGCAGGAAAAUUUGAAGUCUGAUUAUCUGAGGAAAGAGACUUACAAAAAGUCUUUUACAUUUGUUAAACCAAUUCCUAAAACAUCUCGUAAAAAGAGUUUCUUCUAUGUUCCCUUGAAAGAGACUGUCAAAGCUUUAUUUUCUGAUAAAAGUACCAAUUUUGUAUUGUCUCCUCCCAAAUUUAGUGAUGUUGAAGAUGUUUUACGAGACUACACUGAUGGUUUUGUAUUUCAGAACAACCCUUUUUUCAUAAAUAACCCAUCAGCAUUGCAUUUUUUGUUGUAUCAGGAUGCCUUUGAGGUAGUUGUGCCAAUAGGUCCUGCCAAAAAAAAGUACAAAAUGUUGGCUGUGUAUCUUUUAAUAGGCAACAUUCCAGUGCAUUUAAGAUCUCGUGUUAGCUCUAUCCAACUUGUGGCCCUAUGUAUAGAGAAUAACUUUGAGCAUAAUGCUGUCUAUGGUCCAAUAGUAAAAGAUUUACAGGAUCUUGAGACUAAGGGUGUUUAUAUUUCUGAGAGUGUCGGCACAGUCAAAGGUGGUCUUGUGUGUGUAAUUGGAGAUAAUCUAGGUGGGCAUGGACUUGGAGGGUUUGUUGAACAGUUUAGCACAUCUAUUUAUUUUUGCCGGUUCUGUCAUGUUGAGAGGAAAAUGUUCAAUUUAGAAGGUGGUGAAUUAGUAUCGUGUGAACUUAGAACCAAGCAAUCCUACAUCGAUUGUUUAGAGCAAAAGGGAGCUCGCAAAAAGAAAAUCUACAAGGGAAUUAAGUUCAAUUCUGUUUUCAAUAAGUUGAAGUAUUUCCAUGUUUGUGAUCCUGGCUUAAGCCCCUGCCUGGCUCAUGAUCUUUUUGAAGGUCUUGCAGCUUAUGAUUUGAAGUUGUAUAUUGAUUAUUUUGUUGAGAAGGGCUGGUUUACCUAUGCAAUGCUUAAUGAUGCAUUGGAAGCAUUCAGUCUGUCUAGCAUUGAUAAGAGGGACCGUCCCAUUCCAGUACUGGAAGAUCAAGCCAGAUGUGAGGUUCAAAUGGGACGUGUUGUUCUCAUUUUGCAUGAUAAUCAAGACGGUAUUUUUCUUCUUGUGGAGAAAGUGACAACUACUUUUAUUCCUUACUUGCGUGUCUAUGAGAUUGGACCAAAGAUUUCCUAUGAAUGUGUGUCUGUGGAUGACCUGGCAAGCCAUCAAUCGCUGCAUGUUUAUUCAAAUGAUUCUCAUCUCUAUGUUAAACUGAAGUUUGGACUUGUCUUUGAUCAUCUUGAGUAA